GACCCGCGAACGAGCCUGUGCUGUCGGGAGCGCGCAGCAGUCAUGCCUCAUCCUGUCGCUCGCCUCGCCAGCGUCGGAGCACGAGAACAAGAAGAAAUUGGUCUUUUGCCUAAAAUUUACCCGCUCUUUUAGCGCCCGUGCUGUCGCGCGACCGCCCGCUCCUCGGUGACGACGCUGACAUUUUUCUUUUUUGAAUCCAAACUCGUCGAUAUUUGUCUUUUUUUUUCUUUUCUCCCCCCUCCUCCUCCUCCUCUCCUCUCCUCCUCCUCCUCCUCCCAGUCCAUGAGUCAAAGAGGGCAACAAGAUACAAGAGGAGUACAGCUGUGGUGAUGUGGUGUUUCAGGGCUCAUCCUUCAUUUCGCAGGUCACUCCUUUAACUUGACGCCGUCGAGCCUCCUGACGCUGUUCAGUUUGGGGAUGUAAACGCUGCCGGGGAGACACUUUAACAGAGCCGAACUGAUGUGACUCAACCAGAGGAGUGUUUUCAUUCAGUGCCCCGGAACAAUGAGCCGCUAGGAGCCCAAACGUGCCGCGAAAGCCUUAGGCUUGUAAGGGAACUGGCUCGGCUCUUCCAUCUUCCCCCUCUUACAUCCCACUGUCUCGAACCACUACCAUGUCCUUUCCCUGCUGUGCCCAUCCCAUGGAGAGUGCACGCCCACCCAGAUAGGAUGCCUGCCUUGCCCGACGCCCUGCAUCCCCUCCUGCCCAUCACCACCUCCUCCUUCUCCUCGUGUGUACCUGCUCUUGCCAACAGUUCCUUGCGGCCCCCGAGGCUCCGCCCUGCCCCACUCCAACAUGGUGGAUAAGGUAACCACCAUGAAGGAUGACGUCAUCAACGCCAACACGCUGGCUUGGCUGGUUUGCUCAGGCGUGUCCAUCCUGGCCAACACUUGGAGCAUUCUUAGCGUCAGUGCCAAGCAGAAAAAGUGGAAACCACUGGAGUUCCUCAUCUGCACGCUGGCGGGCACGCACAUCCUCAACAUGGCCAUCCCCAUCACCAUGUACUGUGUCAUAACACUGCGCCGUCAGCACUCCAACUACGAGUGGAAUGAGGGUCUGUGCAAGGUGUUUGUCUCUACCUUCUACACUCUCACGUUGGUCACCUGCUUCUCCGUCACGUCGCUCUCAUAUCACCGCAUGUGGAUGGUACGCUGGCCUGUAAACUACAGGUUGAGUAACACCAAGAAGCAGGCAGUGCAUACUGUGAUGGGAAUCUGGAUGGUCUCCUUCAUCCUGUCCACGCUUCCAGCAGUGGGCUGGCAUGACACCAUUGACCGCUUCUACACCUCUGACUGCCGAUUCAUUGUGACGGAGAUCGGUCUGGGCUUCGGCGUGUGCUUUCUGCUGCUAAUCGGUGGCAGCGUUGCCAUGGGUGUGAUUUGCAUCGGCAUUGCUCUCUUCCAGACCUUCUCCAUUCAGGCGGGCCACAAUGCCGACAAGAACAAGUUCAACGUCCCCACCAUAGUGGUGGAGGAUGCCCAGGGGAAGCGCAGAUCAUCCAUCGAUGGAUCUGAGCCUCUCAAGACUUCACUGCAGAUCACCUACCUGAUCAGUGGUAUUGUCUUCAUCUACGACUUCCUGACUGGCUUCCCCAUACUGGUGGUGAGCUUUGCCAGCCUGAAGUUUGAGCGCUCCUACAACUGGAUGGUGUUGUGUGUGCUGUGGUGCUCCAUUGCCCAGUCCAUCCUGCUGCCCAUGUUCCUCUGGGCUUGUGACCGCUAUCGGGCUGACAUCCGCAUGGUGUGGGAGAAAUGCGUUGCCAUCAUGUCCAACGACGACGUGGACGAGGAAAACAGCCAAGAUGGAGGAAUUCAUGCCGACUUAAUAUAUGACAGACCAUAUGACUAUAGCUCGGCGCCUGAAAUCGUGACGGUAGACCGUAAUGCCAAGUAUGAGUUCUCAACCUUAGAAAGGGGGGUUCCGCAAGGGUAUCCAUUGAGGGAACAACAGGAAGAUAAAAUGCAGUAUUUGCAGGUGCCCCCUACAAGAAGAUACUCCCACGACGAAACCGACAUGUGGACCAGCGACCGGAUCCCCUCAUACCUUCACCGAUGGGGCUCCACCGAGGACAUGAUAGUGAGUGCCCACUACAGCUCCACCUUGCCGCGCCACGAGAGGCGCAGGAGCAGCCUGGUCUCCUACCACGAGGAGAGCCACCAUCACCAUCACCCUCACCGCAAGCGGCGACGCUCUGAGGAUAGUAUGCACUCCCUCAAGCACCUGCCACGUGUGGUGUGUGGCGGAGAGCACUAUGAGGAUGAACUGCGGUGUUUCAGCCGCGAUGAGGUGAUUAACUUUAUAGAUGAGACGCCGCUGCCGAGCCCCAGGAAGAGCCCGCGGCGCACAUCCACCAUCUCACUUAUCCCCAAUGUGUACGAACAGCACACAGUCAUCCUUCCUCACUUCCCGCUCACAGACUUUGAGCGUGAGCCUCAGGCGCUCAGGCGUGUCUCAGAACACAAAAGGAGCAGUAGUCGGGGAAACUCACCCGAGGGUUCCCCCAAACCAGACAGACCUACUGGAAAGAAGAGCCCUGGGGCUUGUGGCUCUGGUAAAGGCUGCCGGGAGCGCCAAAGAGACGGGAAACAGCAGUGUGAAGUAGGCUCACCUAGGCGUAGCCAGCAGACUCCAGGGCACUCUAGGCCGAGGACAGGCGGCGGAGCUGGGGCUGGUGCUGGAGCUGACUGGGGGCAUCAGAAGCACCUGAGCAAGGCCGAGAGUAAAGGAAGCACAAACAGUUUUGUAAGCACACCCUCGGUAUCAUCCUCGGGAUACAUCACCUUUCACUCUGAUUCUGUGGGCUCCACGACCUAAAAAGCAAACUUUCCCUUGUUAAUAUCAACAUAAUAACUAAAGUUAUUAUCAUAAUGAAAACCACUAGAGUAUUGGUGGUUAUGGGAAAGUGACAUACUGGGUUAUUUGGCCUUUUUACUUGUGCCACUUUUCUGUUUUACUAUAUAUACCACCAAUAUCUGUUAUGCUAAAUGGCCUUGAGAACUUUGGACAUAAUGUCUGAAUGGGCCUAACGUUCAUUUCGUAUGUAGGCUGGUGGAAAGGUCGGGUGAUUCUGCUUUCACAUCACACAAUAUCCACACCACACUUUUUUCCAGCACAGGCACAAAUAAACUGUUUUUAAUGGCGUGAACAUUCCCACACCUUGUUUUUGCUGUUUGAUGUUGUUUCCUAUGAAAUGCUCAAAGAAUUGGAGGAGGUAGUUAUUUGGGUGGUGUUCAUUUCUUUCUAUUUUUUGCACUUAAGAACUUGAGCUUACAUUGUAUUUUAUUUGGCCUGUAAUGGCUGUGUGUUUUGUUGUAUGGACACAUUUGCUUUAAAACCAAACUUUCCUGAAUACCGCCCAUUUACCUUGAAAUUUACUUAAGGAUACGACACAAUAUACAUAUUUAUUUUAUUUUGAUCAUGAUGUACAACUUUUUUAUUAACAAUAUUAUUAACAACACAUGAAAAGCUUUUUUUCAAGCACCCAUAUAUGUUUAAGUAAACUGAGAGUGGUAAUCCCAAACUCUUUAAUGCCUAAUAGUUUUACAGUUACUGUGUGAGAUAUUGAGAUAUUACGUGAAGACCCCAAAUUCUUAAUGAAAAUGUGAAGUCAGUUUUUAAAGAUUGACAUGUCAUGUAUAUAUGAAGGAUACUGGAUUCAUGGUUUCGUUGUUUUUUGUUUUGUUUAUUGAGAUCUAUGCUUAGAACAUUUCCUCCCAAUUCUUAUUAUUCCACUGUUUGUGUUGAGAUCAUCGGGCAUCAACAGUUGCUCACGACAUUGGAUAUUUGCAUACAGAACAUCAGACCAAUAGGGCUGGAAAUGGCUUUAUCCUCAUCUACUGAGCAUGUCAGCCUGACCUCACCUCCUGUUUCAAUUAUGUGUUAGAAAGCACCAAUAAUGAAUUUAGUAGAAGAAGUGGGAACCUUUAAAAGACAUCCAAUGGUCCAAAAGUUGAUAUCACAGAAUUUUUUUUAGCAUGAAUUAAGAACAUUGUGAAUAUAAUUACAAUUGAUUAUAAUUGCAAAUUAAUAACUUCUGGAAAGUUAUAUGUUUCAACAUAAAUCAGACAUUAUAAUUAAUAUGUUAUCUAAUAACAGGCACAAAAACAGCUAUUGCUAUUCUAUGAGGUUUUUCACGUGUGAAGAGACUUUAUCUAAGCUCCAUAAAGUAGCCUAAUGGAAAUUAAAUAUAAGCAUUUGCAGAGCCCCAGUAAUGGAUCCUGAGGGAAAAAAUAAAUGUUCAAAGUCAAAAAUAGUAUUAUUAAAUUAUCAGUGAAAUGCCCCAUAAUUUUGAGAAAUUCUCAGCACACUCAAAUGGACACUGGAGUGAACUUUACAAUGAAGCUGACUUUACAAAUCCCAAUGUUAAAUUAACAAAGAACUUCUCAUGUUUACCAAGUAUGACAAUUUGCUGACUAAAAAGAGUGAAAACGAUUCUACUAACAAAUACUAGCAGAACCAACUUUGGGCUUUGACCUCUCAUGGACAGUAACUGCUAACAUGAAUGUAUUUGCACUAAUUAGGUUUAGGUUUUCAAAGAAAUGACUAAGACUAUAAGGACAAUAUGAAAUGAAAAUAUCCCCUUUGACAGCCUUAUUAGUUGUGAAACUUUUUUGUUAUAACCAUCCAAGUAAUAAAGUUGCGUAUGUGUUUUCACUCAUCUGCGGUCCUUUAAAUGUUUAGUUUGAAUUCUAAUGUAUUAGUGUACCUCUCAAGCAUUGCAGCCUAUUCAACUGGAGAAUCAGCUGAAAUGUAUCUUUCUUUGGACCCAUAACAUCACACCCCCUUAUCACACUUUGCUAUGUCAUAGAUUUUUGCAUUUUGUGUUUACAAUAUUAAAAUAUAAUUUUGUAACAUAUUCAAAGAUUUAUGACUCAAAUAUGAAUGAUGUUAAAUGUUAUGAUUUUCUUGUUCAGAUGAUGACUUUGUUAAAAAGAUAUGACUGAUUAAAUUCACAAGAUGAAGCUUCA